UCUUUCAUGAAAUAUUCGAUCCUUCAAUUCCUCAAUUUUUUGUUCAUUAUUUUCAAUUAUUUCUUUAAUUUUUUCAAUUUUAUCUUGAAUUUUUUCAAUUUCAACUUUUUUAUUUUUAAUCUCCUUUUCCAAUUUUUUUGUAUAUUUUUCAAUUUCUUCAUUAAUUUUUUUAAUUUUAGCUUCAACACUUUGUCUACUUUCUUCCUUUCCUAUUUUAUUUUCAUAACCCUUCAAUUCAUUUUUAUAUUCUUCAAGGUUUUCUAUUUCUCCUCCACAUUUUUCUAAUUUUACGAAUAAUUUGUGAUAAUUUUCUAUAAGUUGAUAAAUUUCCUCUCGCUCCUCAGCCUUUUUUUGAUCAUUCUUUUUUAUUAUAUUAUCCGUUUUUUCUUGCAUUUCUUCAUCAAUUUGUUUCAUCUUUUCUAUUAAAUUUAUCUUUUUUUCAUAAUCUGGUUUAAUAUUAUUAUAUUUAAUUAAAUUAUCACGUUUUAUGUAAUAAUUAUUUAAUUGUUCUGUUAAUUCAUUCUCAUUAAUUUUAUUUUUAAUCUCUUCUAUUUCUUCAUUUUCUUUUUCAAUUUUAUUUUUUAAAUUCUUAAUUUCUUCUUUAUUUUUAUUUUUUUCAUUCAAAAUUCUUUCAAUUUUUAUUUUUAUAUUUUCCUCACCUUUUUUAAUUUUUUCAAUUUCUUUCAAAUUAACCUCGUUUUUACCAUCAAUCUCCAUAUUUUCAUUAAUU